AUGACGCCCGUCCACACCCAUCCAAAGACUCUUGGUGUGCUUGCAGACCUACAGGAGGUUCUGGAUGACGACUCUGACCCAACUCGGUCAGCUCUGAGCGCUGUGGCCUCGCUGGCUGCAGCCUGGCCACAGCUGCAUCAGGGCUGCGCUCUGAAACAGCUGGACCUGGACAGCUGCACCCUCUCAGAAAUUCUACGUCUGCACAUCCUGGCUUCUGGUGCUGACUGUAGCCAUGGCAACGCCAAGUUUUUCUACCAGAAGCAGGGAGGCUUCACAGUGAUGGACGAUCCGUGCGUGGAGCUGCGCUUGUCCGAACCGGCGCUGCUGAAACGGCUGUCCUGCACCCCGGUGUACGACCUGACUGCAGGAGAAAAGCUGAAGAUCCUUCAGGCUCUACUGGGGAAGCUGCUGACGUUUGCGUCCAGCAGAGAUUUGAUUGAAGACUCUCAGGAGGAACAGAAAGCAGCCAGACAGGAGCUGAGAGAGAUCCGAGCUGAGCAGCACCGCCGAGACAGGGAGGAGGCUGCGUACAGGGUUCGUCUUCGGAAGGAGGAGAAGCUGAGGGAGCAGGAACAUCGACUGAAGGAGAAGGAGGAGAAACUCCAACCCAGCAGCGUGACGCCUGCAGAACAUCACACUGACGACGACGAGGAAAACUCUUCAUCCAGACAGUUGAUUAAAGCUAAAGGCGCGCAGAAGGAAAACUCUGAGUCCAGACCCUCAUUGGACCCCCCUCCCAGUUUGAGUCCAGAGGAACUGAAGCAGGAGCAGGAGAAGGUCCGAGAACUGCAGGAGCAGAUCCAGAAGGCGGCGGGCCGCACCAGCCUGCUGCCUCUGGGCCGAGACCGGCUGUACCGUCGAUACUGGAUCCUUCCCUCAGCCUCUGCUCUGUUUGUGGAAGACGACUUCCACGGGCUGACAGAAGACAUGCUGGAGCCACGUCCAAAACCUGCGGAGGACUCUCUGACCAACUCGGAGGACGGCGAGAAUGAUCCAGUCACAGAAAGUGCCGACUCAGGCCCCGCAGCCCUCCCGGUGAUCCGACCCAACCAGUGGUCCUUCUACAGCUCCAUGGAGGAGGUGGAUCAGCUGAUCGAGGCUCUGAAUCCUCGAGGUCACAGAGAGAGCAGCCUCCGAGAGGCGCUACUGCAGGACCGAGACAAACUCCAGCAAGUCCUGCAGAACUGUGACCCGGUCUGCUACAGGAGAACAGAUGAAGCAGAGUUGUCCCAAACCGUUCCACAACGCACUGCUGCAGCUGACACUCUAAUGGAGGUGAGACUGAGGGACCUGCUGCUGGACCUGGAAGACCGGAUCCACCAGGGAACUUUGGGAACUCUGAAAGUGAUGGACAGACAGGUGUGGCGCUCCGCUCUGGAGGCAGGAAACUACAAACUGCUUUGUUCUGAUGAGAACAGCAGGAUAAAUGGACCCGUGGAGGCCAUGGAGGUGGACUGUGGCCAGCUCAGAGCUCGAGACAGGCUAAAAGAAGUGAAGACUGAUGGUUUAACCACCUUGGGAACCAGUGGCAGUGGGACGCCUCAGGUGGUCAACAGCAGCAUACAAAUCCUGGCUCAGGCUCUUGGUCACAUUGAGCAAGGCAUUGAGAGGCGCUUCCUCAAACCUCCAUUGGCUGAUGAAGACUCAAAGAAAGACCAGAAGAUGAAAAAGAAAAGAAAAGAAGACAAACAGACCAGUGAUGACGGCGGCACGGACAGCAAUCGAGUCGUGAAGACGGUGUUAGAAAGAUGGAGGGAGUCCCUGCAGUCCUGCUCCAGUCUGUCCCAGGUGUUUGUUCACUUGUCCAGUCUGGAGCGGAGCAUCCUCUGGUCCCGGUCCAUCCUGAAUGCGCGCUGUCGGAUCUGCAGAUGUAAAGGUGAUGCAGACAACAUGGUGCUGUGUGACCGCUGCGACCGAGGACACCACAUCCGCUGCCUGAGACCCCGCCUCAAGUCUGUUCCAGAAGGAGACUGGUUCUGCCCGGACUGCCGGCCCAAACAGAAAUCUAGCCGCAUCCCGUCCAGACAAAGAUCCUCCGUCGAUGAGGAAGAAGAUGAUGAAAAUGACGAGAUAGAUGAAGCGUCAGAGGAAGAGGAAGAAAAGUUUGUGAGCGCCAAGAAGAGCCAGGCUCCGCCCCUCAAAGGCAAGAGCCAACAGGCCACGCCCAAAAGUCAACAAGCUCCGUUCCAAAACAGUGCAGCUGCCUCGUCAGGGAAAACCUCCUCAGCCUCCAGGUCCUCCGGGAAAAAAACCACACCUCCAAUCUCCAAGGCCAAAGCUCCGCCCUGUUCAGGAAGUCGCAGCACGGCCCAUCUGAGCAACAAGCUACUGGCACCAAGCGGCAGCAACAGAACUCCCCCCGGCCAGAACAAGAAACUGUCCACAGCCUCCGUUUCGUGCCAAAUACCAUUUCCCGUCUCCGGGGAGGAGGAAGCAUUUAAUAAAACUCCUCUAAUCGAGUUCUGCGGCAAAGAGCUGCGAGUCCCCGGCCCGCUCACCAUCCCAAAAACUCCCACUUCUUCUCCCAAGCCCCAGAUUAACACAACUCUGUAG